UGUCCUAGACGGGGGGAUGCUUGCUGGAAGCAGCUGAACAUUACGUGGAGGACUGCAAAAAAAACGUGCCAAACUUCAUGUGCUUAACACUAGGGCAGAGCACAUCGUUCUAACACUACCUCAAACUCCGCACGGAAGGAGCAGGAAACACCGAAGUCUAACCAGAAUCUGCUGCAUCUGCUCCCAGAACUAAUCAAUCAAUUCGCGCAAAUCCCACACUUGGAGAUACGCACAUCCUUCCCUGUGGGCAGGACAUCGUAUCAGCUUCACUAACCAGCACCAUCACCAGCAAAACCAUCUCCCGCGUGUGUGUUUGUGUGUUUCGUCCUACAUCUCACCGAGAUAAAGAACCAUCCCAUUGAAUCGUCACCUAACAACAACAAAAAAAAAACCCCAUUCACAAUGCUAACACUAACGGUUUUGAUCGCCAAGGCAUUUUCCCGACUUGCCAGCACCAUGGUUAAGCAAGGCCCACGCCCACUGGUCAUCUGUGGCCCAUCGGGAUCCGGAAAGAGCACUCUGCUGAAGAAGCUCUUCAAGGAGUUCCCGGACACGUUCGGGUUCAGUGUGUCGCACACGACGCGGAAACCCCGGCCGGGCGAGGAAAACGCUGUCCACUAUCACUUUGUUUCGGUCGAGGAAAUGCAGGCCGCCAUCGAGAAUGGGGAGUUCAUCGAAACGGCCGUGUUCAGCGGGAACAUGUACGGAACGAGCAAACAAGCGGUGGAAAACGUGCAACACCAGGGCAAGGUGUGCGUGCUGGACAUCGAGAUCGAGGGGGUGAAGCAGGUGCGCAACUCGGACCGGUUGAACCCGCUGCUGGUGUUCAUCAACCCGCCGUCGGUGGCCGAGCUGGAGCGGCGGUUAAGGGGCCGCCAGACGGAAACCGAGGAGAGCCUGCAGAAGCGGCUCAACACGGCGCGGGUCGAGAUUGAGUAUGGCACCACCACGGGCAACUUCGACGUCGUCAUCCACAACAACAACCUGAAGCAGGCGUACGCCGACCUGCGGGACUUUAUCGUGCGCGAGCUCGAGACCCAGCAGGGCCAAGAUAACUUUUUCAUAUCUUCGAUAAUCACAGGAUACAAAGAGUUAUGAAGAGUUUCAAGUUUUCGCCGUGCUCGUGCUUCGCGCGCGAGCUUCUUACGAGGGAUCUUACCCCUCUGUAAUUUACGCCAAACUUUUGCUUUUUGUGUAAGGAAUAAAAAAAACACGCGCUCAUAUUGUCUCACAACGCCCACCAAAAACUCCACAAAAUAUCCCAACAACAACAACAACACUUGGCACUCAAAACACGAACUGAUAGUAAAUCAAUCAACCUUUACCUGUCAUUUUCCCUUUUUGCUACUCCCUACUAUAGUUGAGAAGAAGAAAUUAUUGGCUCCCAGCUCCUACUCCUCUCUGCCCGAUCACAUGACCUCAUCGAAGGUGCUAAUCAAGAGUUUAGUGUGAUGGGCACUUGAAGGUCCUCAAACAUUACGGUUCUACCCCUUUUAUUUCCCAAUUACACUCACACUUAUUUUCCAAAAAAACGUGUUCAGUUCGUGUCACGCAACAGAAGCUUUUAAUUCCAGUUUGGAUAGAAAUCAACUUUAGUGUGCAAGCAGCUAGGUUAGGUACUACUAGAAAAAAGAAGAAAGAAACAAGUUAAUAAACCACCAACUAAACAUAAUACGCUAUUGGUCGAGAAGAAAUACUAAAAACAUAAAGUCAAAAAAAGAUAAAAAGAAGUUCAGAAGGCAGUAGUGUUUUAAGAGUAUUACGACACCAAACAAAACAGUGCGAGCGAAGUAAAGAAGGUCUCGUAUUAUUUACCUGUCAAUUUGUGUCUCAAUAAGACGUUAGCUUUUCGUUUUUGAGGAACCAUUUUUAUUUUUUUUCCUGAGCAAACCAGCAAUUUUGUACCACUAUUAGUAAGUAUAUCGUUUACCAUUAAAAAGAAGAAAAAAAAACAAAACAUAGUUGAUUGAAAGGAAAGCAAGAAAGAGAGAGAGAGGAAUAUAUACAAUUGAAUGUAAUUUUAAGUGUUUCUAGAUUCUAGGCUCUUUACUGUCAUUCGGGAAAAGCAAAUAAACAUUGAAAAUUUAAAGCAAAUAAAACAAAA